AUGCGCAGGACCAGCAGCAACGGCCUCAAGCUCGACCUGACGGAGAACACGCCAGGUAGCUCGUUGUCGCGGCUGCCGAAUCUGGUCGAGCAUGCGGAGACCUGCCAGGCGUUGUCCGCCGGAACUGGUGAGAAUUUGAGCAGCAAGUUGCCUAACGUGGUUGAGGGCUCGAUGGACUAUGGUAGCGAGCGUAGGUCCUCCCGUUACCUGGAGUACCAAGAGAUCAAGUCCUAUCAGGAUCCCCAAUCGUCCGCCUCGGCAGCGCCGGCCUACCACGAGGGUGCCUACCACGAUCAGUCGAGGGGAUACCGGAAUUACGAUCGAAAGGUGGGCGUCGGCUUUGAUCGGGAGAACCUCGAAAGGUUCGAUAACAGGAUCUAUCCAGAGGACGCGCUGAGAUACGCCGAUUGUCGCGCGGAUCAGCGAACUUAUCAGGAGUCGGACCUGGAUGCGCCUUACGAUCAUAACGACGCGCAGAAGCUCAGCAGAGCUUAUCCGGAGCUGUCGGACUCGAGCAGACGAUACUCGCGGGAUCUGACCGACUACGAGUACGCGUCGCGUUAUGCCGAGGAGACACUAAAGCUGGAGCCAAAGAAGGAUCAUCACCAUCAUCAUCCGGGCAAGAUCUAUGAGCCGGCCGCCUCCAAGGGUUAUGAGUCAGGCGUGAAGACUCACGAUUCUGCUUACGAUCUCGCCUGCUCCGGACAGCAAGAACCACCAGCCAGACAGUAUGAGAGCAAGUAUCACUCGGUCAGCAAGAUGUACGGCACUUUGCCCAGGUAUGAGAGUAGCAAGUCCUACGAGCCGACGUACGAGCCCAGGUCUACCUACGAGCCCAAGUACGACGAGCAGACGUACGAGGGUGGCAGCAAGGGCGGUUACGAGCCCAAGUACGGGUUAACGAGCUCCAAGAGCUACGAGAGAUCCAAGUAUGAGAGCACGACAUCGUCCAGGUUCCAGGACAAGUCUUACGAUCAGACCCUGAAGAUCGGCGAGCUGGGCUCGUCCUCGUCCGGUGCGUACGCCAGGAAGCAUCAGGAUCAGGAAGAGACCGGCGCGGAAAAGAUGAAUGGAUACAGGAAGAGUAAUUUCGAGGCCUACGGGGUCUACUCGGAUCCUGAGGACGAUCACGGCUUCUUGGCGGAUAAAAAAGCGCCUCAAUACACUUACAAAGGCGUCGUGGUAAAUGUUAGCGGUGAGUCUGCCGUGGUCGAUCAGAAACGUCUGGCCAGCAAGGAUGGCAGGCAAACCGAAGUAAUCAGAAGUCCUUGGUGCAGGCCGACCAUACUGCUGCUCCUGCUGGUGCUCCUGGUCGUCAUCUUUGUCUUCGUCGCUGGGAUAUUAUUAUAUUUCAAUUACAUGUCCUACAAGCCGCGUCAACCCAUUAUCGAGGGUAAGGAUCUAAAUUUCGCCAGUAAUAACGCGGAACCCUGCGAGAAGACUUACUGCGCUUGGGGCGCGACGUGCGUCGUGUCCGAAAACGGCAAGGCUCUGUGUCAGUGUCCUGCGGAUUGUCCUUUGACUUCCGAUCCUGUCUGCGGCUCCGACGACGUGACCUACACGAAUUACUGUCACUUACGACAGGCGAGCUGCCACAAAAGGAAAAACACCAGAGUGAAGCAUCAGGGUGCAUGCGAAAUCAAGGAUCCUUGCACGAAGCUGAAUUGCUCGCAGGGCUCGCAAUGUGUGCGAAGCAGGGACGGUAAGGAGGCGAUUUGCGAAUGCUUGGAAUCUUGCCCAAAUUUAGGGGAUCACGAGGGUUCGGGACCUGUCUGCGGCACGGAUGGGAUCGACUAUUCGACGUUGUGCGACCUAAAUCGGGUCGCAUGUACGAAAGGUGCUAACAUCACCGUGGCAUUUCGCGGUAAAUGCG